CAUGACUAACCACUAUAGUUAUUGUAUAUUUAUUUAUCCAAGCACAUAACAGAAACGCAUGCGAAUGGUGACGUGCGCGCCGCACACAUUUAUUCUCCAAGCUUUGCGGUUUCAAUUAUGAUUCCUAACCAACGUCUAUUCAAUGAGUACAAUAGCCUCACAGACUCCAACCUCACUGCGUACUUUAGCAACAGAUAUCUUCGGAGGCAUUUAAGGAAAAUUGGAUUGAUCAAUAAAAGAGGUGAAAUUAUUCCUGAGUCAACAUAUCGGGCGAACAUCAGCCGUGCUGAACAGCGGGAGCAAGUGAAGGAAGCAUUAGCUCAGGCCAUUGUACACAAAUCUGUUGAUCUGCAACUGAAGAGAGAAAAUGAAAUCAACCGGAAAGUGGAAGAAAUAUCUAAGCUGGAACUGGUUCGAAAAAUGAGGUCAGAGCGCUACACAGCCAGAAGCCACACAUUACUCACGUCUGCAACGAGUCGAGAGUCUCUGUCGAGGCGUGCAAGCUCUGUAGCUGGUAGCAUGCGACACCAGCCUUGGACCAAUUCACGACCACGGACUGCGUAUGAGCCACAAGGCACUCAGAACUCAGACAUGAGUUUUUCCAGCCUUGAUUUAGAAAGCAAAUGCUCAACCAUUUCAAGGGAUCAUUCAACUUUGCAGACCCAAAAUUCUUCUACUGAAAGAGAUCGGUAUUUUCCGUUUUAUUUGGAUGUGAACAAUUUGAGGCAGUAUGGCCUGAAACUGGCCCCACUUCAUGACACAUGGAAUAAACAGCUGAAGUCACCCUACCUUGCAACUGACCCUUCUGCAGGGGACAGGAUGAAGCCUGUACGGCCAAAGACGACACCCAAACUAAUGUCAGACCAUAAUGGAAGCAAGGCAGAGAGAUAUAAUGCUGAGGCCAGAAUGAGGACCAACUGCAAUGUGACCAUGAAGUUUUUGGGCAAACAUGUGACAAAAUUGCCAAGCGACUCUGUUCGUGAAACUGAAGUUGUUGUGCAGCAACAACACUGUGGUGGCAACACUGUAUGCGUUUACCAUGGCAAACUUUUACCCCAAGAAAAUUUCACAUUCAUAUCUCACCGCCAUAUCAACUUCCCAUUCAGCCUCAGUGUCUACUUGGAUGGUAUUUUACACUUGCGAGUUAGUGUCUGCUGUGAAUAUCGGCACCAUAGAGGUGGUAUCAUUGGUGGACCACAAGGCCAAUUCAUUCUGGUCAGUGUGAAGGGAUCGAUGCCUUGUGCCAGGUGCAAAUUAAACAAGGACUUACGCCAGAAGAAACAGAAGAAAACGUCCCAUGGUAAACCCCCGGAAUCUGCCUUUCACCAGAUUGACCACAGAGACAGUAUGCUAGAUGAACCUGAUGGCAGAAGUCUUAGGAAAAAACAAACUAAAUUCCAGUCAAAAGAGAUGCCAUCAAGUCAGGAAGAACAUGAAGACGAGCAGAAAUAUGACCACCACUCCAGAAAUACAAUACCAUGGGACGAUGAUACAGCAUCAGUCACCAUAGAUGUUGCUGAUUCUGAUGAUGAGGUUCAAAAAGAGGAGAACCAAGGUAAAGAGGCUGGCUAUGAGGAUGACUUUGACAACGAUGCUGACAAUGAAGAAGAGAAAGAGGAGGAGGCAGAAGAAACAGAUGAUUAUGAUAAUGAAGAAGAUGAAUGUGAAGAAAUAGAAGAAGAAAAAAAUGAAGACGAGUCUAGUGUUGCUGACAACGAAAGUAUCAUUGAUGAAGUAGAAAAAGAGUCCACUUCAAACUCUGAUGUUCCACUUGCUCUUGAUACAACAUUUGAUGAUGGUGAAAGUAGAACAGAUUUUCAAAAAGCAGACACAGAAAAUGUUGAUGGGACCGAGGUGAGAGAGACAUUGUUGGCAAAGGAAGGUGACAGAAAUGCCUCAGAAGCAAUCAAUGAUGACCAGCAGAAGAACCAUGUAACACAACCAUCAACCGACCAAGGAGAUGAAAUUGUUGAGGAAGAUAUCUCACCUCCGAGAGGACUUGCAACCGGGACAACUGUUACAGCAACAUCUUCUACAUUACCGGCUGCUGUGACAUCUACUGGAACAACAACUCCCACAUCGUCUACAAUAUUUGCUGGUGCUACUGACAUGGCAAAGGUAACAUCAGAAGAUAGAAAAGAGGUUCAUAAAGAUCGAGAGGAACCCGAAACAAACAAAGGUGCACCUGUUGUUAUUGGUGAACAAGCUGCUGAUAAGAAUAAGGAUGCUGAUGGUGAUGGUGUUCAAGGUCAUCAAUCCAUUUGAAUAACCCUUGCUGAAGCUGUGUCCCUUGGAAGCUGCAAAACCUUUUUAUCAGGUUGCAGACGAUGGUUUUAUUGCAGUUAUAAUUAAAAGUGUAUCCAACAGUUUCCAUCCAGCCAAUUUCUACCACAAGGCUUGAGUUGACUCAAGGCUUUAGUAGAAGACAUUUUCCUAAGGCACACCACAGUACUUUGAUGCAUCUCGGAACUAUAUGAUUGCAAAGUAAACUACGUAAGCGCUAUAUGGCCAUGCUUGUACCCAAAUGCAGAAUAUAAAGCACUGCACAAAAUAUUAUGUGUUUGUAAAAUAUAGAAUCUAAUAUCAUUUUCAAACAAUGAACAUGUAGCGCCUCAUUUGUUUGUCAAACAUGUAACACAGCACUAAAUAUUUAUCAAACAUUGCAGACAACAUCAUCACUACAAACAACAUCAUUACUUUGUUAAACACUGAAUAGAUCAUUUCUUUGUGUGCAUUACCAUUUGUUUGUCAGUCACUGAAACCUUGCCAUAGAAUUUACCUGACAAAUGGCUAUUUUAACCCUGUUUUUAAUUUAAUCAUUCUUGAAGAAUUGUUCCAAGUCUGACAGUGCUUCAGUACUGAAGGAUAUGGAAUCAUUUAUGCAAGAGACAGCAAAAAUAAGAAUGUUAUUAUUUAAAAUUUUAUAAAAAAUAUAUAUAUAAAUAUAAAUCUCUACAGACAAAAGAAAGUAUACAUAUAUAUAUAUAUAUAUUCUUCAAGAGAUUAGCCUUGUCUUCUUUCUAGUACAAAAAAAGUGGAUUGUGUGAGCACUCUCUCUUUCUGGUAUAAAAAUUGUGGGUUAAUAAAUCAACUUUAAUGUCUUAUACAGACCAUUUUAUGAGUUCCAUUACUUAAGAUUCUAUAAAGAAUUACCUGAAUUUUAAUAAGCAAAGAAACAUAUUAGAGAUAUUUCAGAACAUAAAAGUAUGGGCUAAACGGCUUCUUUAGUUUAUUUUAUAUUGUAUAGUAUGAACAAUAGUGUCGAUGAGUUUAGGUUUUCAAUGGGUCAACCAUGGGGUCACUACAAUUAUAAUGGCCUGAGUUUCAAGAGAUGCAACUCAGAACACAAGAGGAUGUCGUCCAAAAGCUGCAGUUUACCAGUUUUCUCAAUGAUGAUUACAUCUUACACCAACAUAUUAUGCCAAAAGACAUGUAACACACACGCACACGUGUAAGUAUGUAAAGUGAAUAUCUUUACAGGUGCACCUAUUUAUAUACAGGUGUGUUUGUCUUUACCUUGUAAGGAUGUAAGUAUGUAAAAGUAUGGAUGCAUGUGUGAAUGUCUAUAUAUAUACUGUAUUAUUUUAUUAGUAUCUGAUUAUUUUAAUUUAGUUGUUAUACAUUGUUAAUUAU